AUGAGAGCCCCGACAGCUCGGGAGCAGGUCGUGCUGAUUUGCCAUGAUGAAUCAACCUUUCGAUCAAACGAAAUUAGUAACAAACGUUGGAUGGCUCCCGGUCAUGAGCCAUUUUAUGUGAAAGGUCGCGGG